UGAAAAUGGGACGCUCCAGCCUCCGUUUGGCCAUGUGGAAUGCGUCUUUAUCCUUGGCACUGAUGUGCACGGUGCUCUACCGCGUGGAAGGAUUGCCUCAUCCCCCGGCCACCUCAUCAGCGCCGAUGGUAGAAGCGCCCUACGACAACAAGUUUGACAACGUGGACCUGGAUGAGAUCCUGAACCAGGAACGUCUGCUUAACAACUAUAUCAAAUGUUUGGAAGGCACUGGACCCUGCACUCCCGAUGGCAGGAUGCUAAAGGAAAUCCUACCCGAUGCCAUUAUGACCGAAUGCACCAAAUGUACAGAGAAGCAGCGUUUGGGAGCUGAGAAGGUAACAAACCAUCUCAUUGACAAUCGUCCGUUGGACUGGGAGCGACUGGAGAAGAUCUACGAUCCGGAGGGAACCUAUCGCAUUAAAUACCAGAAGAUGAAGGCCACUGUUGUUGAGCAAGCUUAAUUGUAACUUAUCUUUUACUUACUUAUUUAUGCACUAAAGAAAGUUAAGACUACUUUCAACUUGA